AUGGGAGCUUUGAUCUGGCAUGUUUGGGGAAGGUUGUUGGGCUUGACUGCGGGAGUCUAUAUCGUCUGGGCUUCCUUCUGGGCAUUCUUGUUUCGAAAAUUCUUCUGGGAUAUGAUGUAUGUGCCUCUUCGUACCUACCAUGGCCUCUCCCGGAAAGUUCCGAACGCUGACGGUCGUUCGGGUCGUAGUGGUGGCACGUUGGGUCAUGCUGGUAUCAUUCCGGGCAAGAAUACCGAGCCCCUGGUCAACCUCGUGGUCAACAUUCCUCUUCUUCAAUCGUUCUCGCUCGUCUUGGGCAUCUUUGCUUUGGUUCUGGAGUAUCCGCUGCCCUUAAUCGAGGGCACAGCAAUCCACCGAUCAUUCAUCCUCCGCGCCGUACUCUACUUUCUCACCGGAUUUGUAGGCAUCAUGGUCUACCAGUGUGUGGAUCCAGCAGUGUAUUUUGUAAUAGUCUCGGGCGUAUACGUGAUGGCCAUGUCCAAGGGCGAGCAAAUCGGCUCCGGGCCUGGCGGUGAUGAUAGAGGCAAAGUAUGA